UAAAAUGAUUUAUUUGGAAAUUUUUUGUUUGAAGUUACAUUAUCUGCCAAUAUGUGUACUAAAACUACCAAAAAAUUAAAUAGAAUAAAUAAAAUGAUUAAAAGAGUUCGCAACAAAUGGGGUCUAUCAUGGUCGCAUCGUUUCUCGUCCAAACAUCUGGCAAAGCGCAAACUUCCUCCUGUUCCGGUAACAUCGGCGGAAGAGCCUGUCCUAAUAUGCGCAACAGAUACAGGGCCUCCGGUCAAAGGCGAUCCUCCGGACACCGGAUCGCCCGACUUAACCCAGGCCGCCGCCCCUCACAAGGAUAUCAGGGAAUGGUUGGAUGCCCUCGGAUUGAUGCAAUACGAUAAGGUAUUUGAUGAUGUCAAAGGUGUUGAAGAUUUACUUAAUCACUCGGAAGCUGAUCUUACUGAAUUAGGAAUUAAAAAUUCGGCCCAUAGAGCAGCCAUGGCUAGCAGUUUGGUUAUACUUAAGACGAAAUUGGAACGAGGAAACAACAAUUACAAAAAACAUAUGCACAUGAGGCACAGCGUAGCGCUAGAUGAUGGAUCCAAGAAAAAUGUGCGUUCUGAAAUUACUCCAAACUGCGACACCAAACAAACCAAGAGUUUAUGCAAUCUUAUUAUGGAUACCCCUGUUGAGAAGACUCAAUCAAGUCCUAGAGAAUUGCGAAUUGCCCUGGAACAGGAGCUAUCACUCGACGCCAGAGACCUAAGAUCACAUGGCUGGUACCAUGGACCAAUACCCAGAGCUCGAGCAGAACGACUUCUGGUCAACGAUGGCGAUUUCCUGGUCAGAGAUUGUUCAUCUCAGCCAGGGGACUAUGUGCUGAGUUGUAAAUCGAAGGGCACGCCUUUGCAUUUCGUUAUUAACAAGGUACUCCUACAACCAGAAACAGUCUACGAACGACUUCAAUAUCGAUUCGAAGAUGAUGCUUACGACACAGUUCCUGAUCUCAUUACUUACUAUGUCGGAUCAGGAACACACAUCACGUCUGCCUCGGGAGCAAGGAUUCAAUUUCCCUGCAACAGGACGCAACCUUUGUCACAUUAUAGUACACAAUAUACAGGUGUUAUGGGCCCUUUACCAGGGGUGAAUCCGUAUACUAACAGGCAUUGUGGUCAACCUCCAAGGUUGCCCAUGAAGAAACAAAGAGACCAUGAAAAGGCAAAUUCUGCGGAUGGAAUCAUUCGAGCUACCGGAGGCGAAUCCUUUAAUACACAUUCCUUACCAAGAUCUCGAGCUUCAAGAUCUCCGAGACUUGAUAGGAGAAAAUUUGAAGUGCCGGAUGAAUGCGAUGAGAUUUAUGGAGAAGCCCCUCCAAAACCAUGCAGGAUGCCAACUUCAUCUUUACCACCUAGAGCAUCAAAUUAUCAGGCAUCCGGAUCGGAUUCAGGAAAUGGCAGUGGAGAUUCGGCACAAAGUUCAGCUACUGGCGAUUCUGCUUUAGAUCCAAAUCACAGACACAGCGGAGUUAUUAUAAAAAAUCCACAUUAUAUAGUAAGUUCGGCGUCAAGUACAACUCUCAAAAAUUUUGUUGAAUUUGACGCUGCAGCAGCAGAAGAAAGAUUAGCAAAAUCACCUACACCUGAAUUGCGCUGUGAUAGCAGGUUUGAUGUCGAAAGUUUCCAUACCCUAUUAUUACCAGCAACGGAAAACAAACCUCUGGAUGUGAAUGCCUUACGUAGUGUACUAGAUAUGCUAGUGGAGACGGGAUCUAGAAUAAUAGCCAAUUAUUUGACUAAAGUGGAUAUAGAUUUUAUGUUAGGAGUACAAGAAGAUAACAAAGAGAAUGUAUGUAUAGAAAAAGCUGAAGAAAAUUCAGAAAAUAAAGUAAAAAAUAAAUCAGACCUGGACGCUUUGAGACUUCAGUCUGGGUUAGAGUUAAUUUGUCUACCUCAUGGACAUCAGUUUAGAUUAGAUUUGAUAGAAAGGACGGAAUGCUUAAAGUUGAUGGUGGCAGUUACAAUAUUAACGUGUGCUUCAGAUCUCGAACGUGCUGCGAUUUUACAUAAAUGGAUUCAAAUUGCCAUUGAUACGAAAACCGCACUUGGAAAUCUCUAUGGUUUUUGUGGAAUUAUGCUUGGAUUAUCUUUGCCACAGAUUCAAAAAUUAGAAAAAUCAUGGCAUAUUCUGAGACAAAGACAUACGGACAGUGCCUUUCAAUUUGAAGCUAAAUUGAGGCCUACAUUAAAAGCAAUGAAUGAAGGCCAUAAUCCUCAGGCUCCCAAUACGACAAUACCUCAUGUACUGCCUAUCGCACUGUUGAUGGAACGCGAUCUCGAUGAUUUUCAAGUUGCGAUUAAUAGUACUGGUUUUGCGAAUAGCUGCUUAGCUAGUUGGGAACAAAAUUCUACAGAUUUUGGAUUAACCACCUUAAUUCAGCACAUGCAGGCUGCAAGAUCUUUUGCGCCUAGUGUUGCCACUUUUAGGCGAAUUGCUAACAGCGUCCUACAAGAAAUCGCCGAAGAAGACAUCUCUUGUGACGCUUUCAGGACUGAGUUUCAUCAGAAGUUCCUCUGGGGUAGCAAAGGAGCUACUUUGAGUGCAGAAGAAAGGCACUCGAAAUUUGAUCAAAUUCUCACAAUCAUGUCAGAUAAAUGUAUCAGGGAUAUAGCACCGAAUUCAGCAAGUUCGCAAUAAAUAGUUAUCACCAAAAAAUCUGAAAUAGACAAUACGCACAUCGUCAACUUAGAUAUAUAAAUUAGUUAUGGAUAACAAACACAACUAGUGCAUUUCUAAUGAAAUAUUUAUAC